AUGGCAUUCAUUUCUUCAACCUCUUCUGUUGUUUGUCCAAUUUGUUUUCGAAAUUUUAAGUCUGAAAAUGGACUUAAACGACACUAUAACACAAUUAAAAAGUACAAUAUACCACAAAAUGAUCUUGAUACUAUUCCGAAUACCUUAUUGCAAGAAUUUAAAAAUAUUUUAAUUCAACAAAUACAUCGUCAAUUACCAUUAAGCUUCACCAGAAUGGGACGAAAAGUAUUGUCAAUUCCAUGUACAGAAAGCCAAUUUGUUGCUAUUUUUGCAGGAUACAUUCAUCAAUUUUCUAACGAUCCACGUGUGUAUAAGUGUAGAUUUCAUAGAGAGUCAGCCUAUUCAACUUUAACAAAAAUUUUAGGAGAUCCUAAAUGGGGUCAAAAGUACUACGAUCAGAAUCAGCAAACAUACGUUGUCUUUGAACAGUUAUCAAAUCAAAAGUUUUGUUCUAAUAUUAAAAAUCAAGAUGAUGUCAAUCCUCUGGAAAUUUUAAUGUUCAAUCAACAUAAAUUAAAUAGUCAAAAAAAAAGAAAGCCAAAAAUUGUUCGUGGUGAACUUCUAGUGGAAUGGAAAAAAAAAGUUAAUAAAGAAAUAGAUGGUUAUAUAUGUACUGCAGGAUUUAUAGUUUUAUCUUUUUAUAUAUCGCAAAGACGUAACCUAUAA